GUUGGAUGUGUUCGCUAAUGAUUCCAGGAAGAGUCAGUGUUCAGAAUUAGAAGCUGGAAGCAUGGGAGUGAAUGACUUGUGGCAAAUAUUAGAGCCUGUUAAAGAAUAUGUUCCACUACAGAAUCUAAAAGGGAAAACGUUGGCUGUGGAUAUGAGCUUAUGGGUUUGUGAGGCUCAAACUGUGAAAGGCAUGAUCGGAACUGUUGUCAAACCACAUCUCAGAAAUUUGUUUUUUCGUAUUUCAUGUCUCACCUUGAUGGAUGUGAGACUUGUCUUUGUGGUAGAGGGAAAUGCACCAAAACUGAAGGUUGAUACGAUGAACAAACGGAAUGAGGCAAGGCGUGGUUUGGCCGGAAAGCAAGGAAGCUUUACUGUUCGAACAAAAAGAUCCCAUUUUAAAUCUGUCCUUAAAGAGUGUUGUGAACUGCUGGAUUGUUUAGGCAUCCCAUGGGUUUGUGCAGCUGGAGAGGCCGAAGCCAUGUGUGCCUACCUAAAUGAAAAUGGAUAUGUUGAUGGUUGUAUCACCAAUGAUGGUGAUGCUUUCUUGUAUGGAGCUCAAACUGUAUACAGAAACUUUACCAUGAACACAAAGGAUCCCCAUGUGGACUGCUAUCAAAUGGCAAUAAUUUACUCCAAAUUAGGUCUUGAUCGAGAUACAUUGAUCGGCUUCGCAAUUUUACUUGGCUGUGAUUACUUGCCAAAGGGAGUUCCAGGGGUUGGGAAGGAACAGGCGUUAAGAUUGAUUGAAACAAUGAAUGGACAGAGCCUUCUACAGAGGUUUAAACUCUGGAAACGCGAGUUUGAGGGUUUUACUACUCAUGAUCCAGCUGUGGAAAAGAAAGCACACUGCUCCGUGUGCCGACACCCAGGAUUAACCAGGGAGCAUGUAAACAAGGGCUGUCAGUUGUGUGCAACUGUUCAGUGCUGUUCACCACAUGGGGAUGGCUACCUAUGCCCAUGUGAUUGGCAAAAGGCAGAACAGAAGAGAAAAUCCAACGUGGUGGAGAACAACAUAAAAAAAAAAGCAAGAGCCUGUGAGCAUUUCCCAUUUGAAGAGGUGAUCAGAGAGUUUCUUAUCAGUAAGGACCGAUUAAUUCAACAUAUUCAAUGGAAGCGUCCAAAAUUGCUUUUACUUCAGAAUUUUGCCCUGAAUAAAAUGGAGUGGCCAAGACACUACACAUGUGAGAAAGUGCUGAUGUUACUCUCACACCAUGAUAUGAUGGAAAGAAAAUUGGGAAGAAGGAGCCCAAGUCAUUUGCAACCAAUAAGUAUUGUCAAAACAAGAAUUCGGAAUGGAAUUCCCUGUUUGGAAAUACAAUGGCGAAAGCCAGAGCAUUAUGUUAUCUCAAGUGAUCAAUCUGAAGAUUCUCACAAAACUGUGACCACCAUAGAAGAUCAAGUUUCCUUUCAGGCAGCAUACCCAGAUAUGACUGCUUUAUUUUUCAGGCAAAAAACUGAAAAGAAGAGGCAAAUGCAACCAAGUAAAAUCAAGGGAAAAGAGAGGGCAGCUCCUUUGCCUGAUGAAAUCACAUUUUUAUUGGCUGAGAUGAAUUUACAACUUUCCCAUAAUUGUGGAAUUGCAACAGGAAGUGAACCUGCUCAAAGAAGUGCAACUCAAGAGAUGAAUCUCUCCCACACCCAUCAACAUAAUCCUUCCAUUGACUUUUCUACUGAAGGAUCUCAGGAAUGCCGAGAAUUUCAUGAAAAAUCUAAUGAAAUUGCGCAACCUGCAGUUAAAGCUGAUGCAGCAAUAGUAACAUCUGACUGUGAGUCUUUACCGCUUACAGAAUUAGAAAAUGAGCAUGGUGCCUGUGCCCUAUCCCCCUCAGCAUCUAUGAUAGUUGCAGAGAUGCAUUUGAGUGGGAUUGAUUGGACUCAGUCAUUCAGUACACCACAAUCAGAGCACACUCCAAUUGCUCCAGCAGAAACUUCUGAGCAAGUUUACCCAGUCAUCAAUGAGAAGUGCAAUGUUUCAAUGGACUCUACCAGUAAACUAACAGAAGACAAGACACUGAAAAAAAAUGCUACGGUGUUAAAGCAGGAUCCAGUUCAAAAGAAUGUGGCAGAAUUAUCUAACAAGGAUGCAUCUAUGCUGCCUGAUCUUUAUCACCUAUCUUUAAAGGAUCGAAUUCUAUUGAAAUACUCUCGUCAGUUUUUAUCUCUGCAUCAACCAGAUCCUAAUUCCGGUGGAACCCCGCCAAGUUCCUCUACUUACAAAAAUGAUGCACCACCUCAAGGAAAACUUACAAAUAAGUCAACAUUUUCCAAUAAAGAAAUGUUCACCAGUUGUGACCUAUCAGAAACUCAGUGCAUCCAGCAAGAGAAAAAAGAAACAUACAUUUCUGACCCAACUACAAUUCGACAUGUGAGGCCGUUAAUUGAGGUAGAAAAUCAAAAUUUAACAUGCUCAAGGGAGAAGGUUUUUGGAACUCGUGAUCCAGCUUGGUAUUCAUACCAAGCUUCAAAAACAGACAAUAGCUCAUUAAGACUGAAGAAAAACAAAGCUACCAAACCACACAGAAUGAAACAUGUGAAUGGAAAUGUUUCAACAUUUCAAAAGAAAAGUGUUUGUCUCAAAGUGUCGUCAUCUAGCGAAGACAGUGAUAUUGAGAAUUCAAGAGUAAUACAAAAACAUGGCUUCCAAUUCAAAGCUAUAGAUAAUAUUGUGAUGUCACCAUCCAUUUCAAAGCAGAGUCAAGCAUGGGCUCAGCAGGCCAAGUCCAGAGCUGCUAUUAGCAGAAUAGAUCACAGCAGGGUAGCUAAUGGCUGUACUCAACUCAAAGUGGUCAGCAGUGCUGAUGUUGAGAAAAUUGAGCAAACUCAAUUAAUGCAUAAGCAAAGAAAAUUUUUUUGUAAAAAGAGUACUGUUCUGCCAAGACCUGAACUGAGUGCUGUGCAAAAUCACAAUCAGCACAAUGAUCAUGAAGAUUCCAUUAUAGUAAUAAGUGACAGCUCCCUUCCACUGUCAGAAAGCUCAAUUUCUGUAAGAUGUUCUGCAACUCUUCAGUUAAAACCGGAUGAUAAUAAAGCCUUGCCAUAUCAAACAUCAAAGAAAGUAAGUACAAAAUACUUUCAUGUACACACCCCCACAGUCCGGAUCCCUCGACCGUUCCUGAACCUUCUCGCGAUUUCUGGAACUACUCGGGCACCAUUGCCCAAGCGGCCGUUGCAGCCGCCACGGCGAACAGUGAUGUCACUUCCGCCCCCACCACCGCACAGACAACAGCCACCAUCGACCAUGCAGCCUCUGCGAUCACCGCCCAGAAACCUGCCUCCACGAUCGCCAGGAAGACCACCGCCGACAGAUACGCGGCCGCUGCGGGAUCCACGACUACCGGGACCAGCACCAUUUCUGCCCGGUGAAACACUUCUGACCCCAGAGCUGACGUCGCCGCAGCCACUUCUGCCCCCAAGUGAUGUCACUCACCUGCUCAAGGAUCACACCACACGCUACGCCACUCCCAAGUUGAUCUCCGCCCCCAUGCUGAUCUCCACCCCAUGA